AUGAACCGUACUAUCUUAACUCGUAAAAGCGCAUUCUUGCUUCCAAUUAGACCCAGACCAUCACCUCUUCCUACCAACCUCUCAAGACCAAACAUCGCCCUCACUGCAUCAGGAUCAGGAUCAGGAUCAAACCCAGGAUUGACAGUUGGUCAAGCUCUAUUCCCUCAUUUGAAAGGAGUUAGAUUCUACGCUACAGAUAAAAAUGGGGGAAAGGAGAAGAAACAGGGAGAGGUGAAACAUCAUAAUCGAGAAGAUCAAAACACCACUUCUGGUGCUGCUGAAGAGCUCAAAGGAAUGACCAGGGAUUUCGCAAAAAUCAUCUCUGGAUCAACACCUGAAGCUGCUGCUGCAGGCGCCAGAGAAGUAUCUGCUGCAGGAGCCCAUGUGGGAGGCAUCACAGAAGACUUUAUGUCAGUGACUAAAGGAAUGUUCACUUCUGUACCUAAACCUGUUUUAUAUACUGGUCUCGCCGGUACUAUCCCAUAUCUUGGUACAUCCCUUUCUAUUGUUGCUCUUGCCAGAGAAGCUUCUUUAGCUGUUGAAUCUGGUGGAGAAUCUCCCGCUGGACUUGAUUUAGCUACUGCCCUUUCUUACUUGCAUACGAUGGAACAUAUUCAGAUCACUUACGGUGCAAUCAUCCUUUCUUUCCUUGGAGCAUUGCAUUGGGGUAUGGAAUUCGCUAAAUUAGGUGGUGAACAAGGUUAUUCAAGAUUGAUACUUGGUAUCGUACCUGUCUUAGCUGCUUGGCCGACGUUAUUGGCUACUCAUGGUGUAGCGUUGGCUGUUCAAUGGUUCGGUUUCACGGGAAUGUGGUUGUUGGAUCAGAGAGCUACAAUAGCAGGAUGGACCACAUCUUGGUACUCCACUUAUCGAUUUUACCUUUCACUUAUUGUCGGAUUCUCUAUCAUCGGCACUUUGGUUGGAACAUCAAUGUACGGCGCGGGAGCUGGAGCGAUAACAGAUAUCCAUUCACCCCAUUUACAACAUACCACUGAAAGAACUUCUGCUCUGAAAAGACUUGACAGGGUAAAAGAAAGGAAUUAUCCGAAAUCAUCAGAUGCAAAAGUGAAUAAAGUGCAAGGUAAAGUAGCUGGACCUAUUCAAGUAGAAGAAGAAUCGUCAGGUGAAGGAUUCCUGAAAUUGAGAAAUAUCCAAAGGGAACAAGAAGAAAAAGAAGAGGAAGAACAAAAACAGAAAGAAGAGGAAGAAGCCAAGAAACAAAAACAAAAGGAACAAGAUGAAAAAGAAUCUAAACAAAAGAACGAUUCUCCAGAUGGAAUGAAAGAAGGUCAAAAGAACAGAGCUGCGGGUGAAAGUGAAAAAGAUCAAGGUAAGAAGAAGGCAAAAGAGCAAGGUGCAGAUAAGCAACAAUCUGGUGAAAAGGAACAAGACAAAGAAGGUGAUGAUGAUAAGAACGAUGAAGGUGAAGGUGAAGAUAAAGUGGACAAGAAGGACGAGGGCAAAGAAAACAAGAAAGAUGAAGGAAAAGAGAAGAAGAAAGAUGAAGGAAAAGAGAAGAAGAAAGAUGAAGGAAAGGACAAAGACCAAGGUAAAGAGCAGAAAGACAAAGGCAAAGAAGACGACGCCGAAAAGAAAGACAAUGGUAAUGAUAAGAAAGACAAUCAAGGAGGGGAUAACAAAGAUGGUAAACAGCAGAAAGCAGCAGAAGAAAAGGGAGCCGCCGGAGACAAGAACACCGGUAUGAAAUAG